CAAAGCACAUAAUUUAAACACAAACUUUACGUCACAAAUCAAACCUCGACAACAUUCACUAACACAUUUUUAUCGUAUGUAAAAAUAUCUGUCAUCAAUAGUCACCACGUUUUACGUCUGUAAGGAAGUGCUUCCGGUAGCGGCUUUUGCAUAAAAAAGUUUUGCUCGGAACUACGUAGAUUCUCGUAUUCAGGGAACAGUCAAGGAGGUUCCUCCUGCUGUUUGUAUUAUAGUUCUGUGCAGCAAGAUGGAUUCUGAGGAAAGUCCAGAAGGAGAGACCCUUGGUCCUAUGCUAAAGCCAAGAUUACAGAGGAUGUCCAGGAGCCUGAACCUACUGACCAAGAGGUUUGUUAGGCUGCUGCAGGAGUCCAAGCACGGAGAGCUGGACCUCAGACACGCAUUCAGGGCUCUGGCUGUUAAACAGAUAAGACGGAUCUACGAUAUCACAAAUGUGCUGGAGGGCAUCGGUCUUAUUGUGAAAAUAUCAAAGUGCCAUGUAAAAUGGGUAGGGACACCUCAUGAUAAAAGACUCAUAAAGCUGAAGUCUGAGCUGGAGGACUUGAGGUGCAAGGAAUUUAUGCUGGACCGGCAGAGGAUCUUGGCUGAAGAGAGCAUCAGGAACCAUACUGAAGACUGCAAGAAUCUGACCUAUGUGACCAAUGAAGAUAUCUGCAACUGCUUCAGUGGUCACAUUCUUUUGGCAGUGCAAGCACCACCAGGCACCCAGCUAGAUGUUCCCAUUCCCAAAGCUUGUGUAUGUAUUGUCCUGCAGGUCCAGAACUGCCCGGCAAAGUAUCAGAUCUAUCUGAAAAGCAUCAGAGGGCCUAUAGAUGUCGUCCUUCUUAACAAGAGAACUGAUAGCUCUGCUCCCGUUGUACUUCCAGUCCCACCACCUGAAGAAAUCUUGCAGUGUGCCAAGUCAGCCAUGUCUGUGUCAGAAAACAAAGAUAGAUUCUGUGAGGCCUCAGCUUUGAUCACAAAAAGCACUAAAUCUGACUGGGAAGCUGAGCAGGACGUGCAGCCACUUCAAGAACCGUCUUUUCUAAACGCUAACCUCAACAUGACAGAUGAGUUUGCUUGUGAGUAUUAA